AGGGUUUCUCAUGUACUAUAAAUGUUUUCAACUUUCCUGUUGGUUUGUUUUCAACAUCAUUAAAUAUCAAUCAUUAAUAGAUAGGGAGGUUCAGAAUAUCUCUACUAAAAUAUGAACCUGUGGACCAUUUAUACUGUUCAAAAACAUGCAUGCAGUGCGUUUCUGCUGCAAUAAAUUGGAAUAAAAAUAAAAAUAUCUAUUGCACUUUUUAUAGCAGCUCUUUGUAGUUAUGGAUGCGGAUCCAGGUAAUUCAUCUGUCUGACACCACACUUGCUCCAAAGAAAAUGAUUCAUAAAUAUUUACUGUAAAUGGGAAUAUAAUGCACUUAUGACCCAGCCUCAUGAUUUUAUGAUCUUUAUGAGUCAGUGUGUUUUCCAGUGUGAGGCGAAUGAUCUUAGACUCAUUGUUUGAUUUUAUGAUGUUGACGCUGAUCGGGAGCCAUGGUCAAUCAUUCACAGAAACAUAUUCACCAACUUAUUUGCCUAGGAUUUCUGAGCAGCAGGAAGUUGACUUUCAGACGGUUUCCAGUCGAACGGCGAGCGUUGAAGAGAAAGGAAAAGCUGAGAGAAGAUUGACUUGUACAUUGGGUGCUGAUAUGAGGGAUGUCUGAGGGCUUUGUUUGCCAGGUUUCUUAGAGACGCCAUUGGUUUGUUAAACCCACAACAAGCAAUUAACUCCAUACAGACCUGCUGCAGUCACGUUCAACCGCUUCAGAGACGAUCGAGGCUCUUCACGAUGGAUCUUUUCAUGGAGGAACCCGCGGUUUAGGCCGGACGUUAUGCCGUAUCUCGUCCACACGGCGCAUGCGCAGUUCGCGGCGCUCUGGUUUGGGACGGUUGGGUGGACGCUUGUUAUCGUAACCGUUGGACUGGUGGAGUGGAGGGUUUGGGAAGUGUCCGAUCUGUCGGUCAUCACCUCCGGAUUGGCUUGGGUUGGUAUCUGGAGAGUGUGCUUUUACAGCCACGCUCCGAUUUUAUCUGACCAUCAGAUCAUGUUCUGUCAGCGGAUUGGUUUGUCAGAGUCGUUUACGCCGCCGGAGAUCGUCGCCGCGCAGGUGCUGAUGCUCGUGGCUCUAAUUCUCGGAUUGGCGGGAAACGCCAGCAUCAUUUACGGCCUCAGGAACGUUUACUUCGGAUUAAAUGAAUUUAAACCCAUCAGAUUGGCAUUUUCUGCUGGUGGGGUUUUGCUAAUUGUUACCGGAGCGUCUGCGCUCGUUCCCGUGUGCUGGAAUCUCCGUUCCGUUGUUAACAAUCAGACGAUAUCAUUCCCGGCAGAGUUUCGGAUGCCGUCCGCUCCUGUGAACCAGUCCAUCGGACCCGGUAUCAUCGUGGGGAUUUUUGCAUCCAUCCUGCUGGUUUUUAGCGGGAUUGUCUUCCUGUCUUACAGGGCCCCAAUCGUGCUGAAGCCCAAAGUGAGGCCGUCCAGGCCCGGAGAAUGUGUAUUGGGAACCAAUGUGACCCAUCAGGGAAUUGAAAAUGCAGCUUUCCAAUGCUGAGA